UGAAGACUCCUGUCAUCAUGCAGGCAGUACUAAGUUUGUUUGUAUGCCUGAUUACUGCUUCAGUAGCACUUAAAGGUAAUAUUUUAUCCCUUGAUUUCUGCCUUCAUGUGAAAAUGUUAUGAUAGUUGUAGAUAUAUUAAGGGACAUGAUUAAUGUGUGAGCAUGUGGAUGGGUGAGACAUAUAAGGGAUCAUUAAACUACAGUAUGAGGCAUAACAAUACAAUGUGCCAAAAAAGAUAGCUGUAAAGUGCAUUUAAUACCUUAUUAUAUACAUAGACCAAUGAAAUAUUACAAUUGGGUUGACCUGUAUAUGAUAAUAUUUGUUCAAGUUGUUGUAAAGAACUCACAUUAUUCAGAGCUAUCUCAGAGCUCUGCUGUAUUACACACAGACAAUAUAAUCUCUGUCACAGGGUAUAUGUAGGUCCAAAUGGCAGAAAUUCUCUUAAUGAGGUAGUAUCACCAUAACAUAUAAAAAAGCAAAAGCGCAAAAUCUCCAAUAGUGAAGUAAUGAAUAAUGAGUGAGUUCUCUUCAGCAAAUAUUUUCAUAGUAUCAGACUGUAUUACACUAUUAUCUGUUCUGUUUGGUUCUUUUUGAGGUCAACCAAAUUGGAAUAUUUCAUCGUAUAUAAUAAGGUAUUAAGUGCACUUUACAAGUAUCUGUUCUGCAUGAUUUGGGAGUCCUUGAAUGAUUCACUGCUGCCCACAUUUGUGUGUAUUAUAGUGAGCACCUAUACACUCUUUUUUUUUUUUUUUUCUUUGUUUGAUACAGUAUGAGGUAUGGAUAACGGUGAUUGGUGCUUGCGUGGAUUUACACCCCACCACCACAUCAUUAAUGUUACCUAACAUUUAUGUUGAACUCUGCUGAAUUUAUGAAUUCUAGUUUUUGCAACUUGCAUGUAACUGAUGGGAGCACACAGUGAUUGUUACAUAAAAAAUAAACUCUCAAAUGGAGACAAAUUGCAGUUACUCAGAUAUCUGUUUGAAGCCUAGAACCUAGGGAUCUAACCAAAACCUUGAGGCCAAAAGUGAGUUAGAUAAAGGGAAUGGGUAAAGAUACAAACAAUAUCAUGUAAAUUGAACAAAUUGCAUGUAGUAUUUUGACCCCGAAAAAUAAUGAUUUUUUUUUCUUUCAUAGGAAAAGGAAAUAAUUUAAGAUGGAUAAAUGAAUUUGAUCAAAAUCUUAAUUUCCAAUGUGUAAAUGAUGAAAGCAUUAGUAUGAUCACAAGGUAUGGAUAAAACCAAGGGAGCUACAAGUCACCUUUUUAAAGGAAAUCUAUCACUGAGUUUAAUUUUAUAGUUUUACAUCAUUUAACCUCCUAGACACUUUGCCCUAAGGCGACUGCCUGUGCUGUCCUGCACAACUAGUUUAUAUGUAAUUUAGUGAUCGCCCAAUCAAAAACCUUUGAAAAAUUAUUUGUGUUGAUUUUGUUGAUCAAUUGUCCUGUGGCUCUUUCACUAGCUGAAGAACAUGUUCUUGAGACAUUUUGAUAAGUAUAACCCCUGGGUUACUUAAGGUUAUGAGUCUUAUUGGACAGGUAUCUGAUUAUGAUGUUAAUUAGACAUGUGCAAUUUGUUUCAUUCCAAAUCAAAUUUCGUCUGAAUUCAAAACAUCCAAAUUGAUGGAAAAUGGAGCUCAAAUGAACAGAUCUUCAAUUUAUCUAAAAAAUAUUGUGUUGGAUCCAUUUGUUUUGAUAAGAAUAGUAAAUUAGAGAGUUAUCUACUAAACAACUGAAAGCAGAAUCAGAUAUUUCAGCUGUUUAGUAGAUAGCUCCCUACCUUAAAUAUGACAAUCCCACAUAAGAAUAGCAAAUUAGGGAGUUAUCUAAUUCAUUUUGAUUUUUGAACUAAUAACUAUGCCUGUGUGGGAUAGUUAUUAGUAUCUCCUUAUUGUGCUGAGCUCAGUGUGUUUUCCCUCUGCAUUUUACUCAGCUCUACCUGUUGUAUGGGUAUCCCAGUAGUCUACCCAGCUCUGUGUAAUCACACACAGUGAUUCCGACUGUGUGGAAUAUUUACAGUAUCUCCUUAUUGUACCCAGCUCUGUGUGUUAUUUGUGUGUUAUUUCUUUCCUUAUCUGUUCAAUCUUGUCAGUAAAGUAGCAAGCAAGACUAUCAGCUGUAAGGUUAUUUUUGGGGGUGGCCACAGCAGGGCAAAGAAGAGAGUUAAAGGUAUCAAAGAGACGCCUGGGAUUGUGGGAGCAUGAACCAAUAAGAGAAGAAAAGUAUGACUGUUUGGCAAGGGCAAGGGCUGUGCUGUAUGAACGCAAUAUGAAUUUGUAGUGUAGAAAGUCUGACUCGGUGUGAGACUUCCUCCAGCAGCGUUCAGCAGAACGAGAACAUCUUUGCAGGUAGCGUGUUGAUUUAGUGUGCCAUGGUUGGGGGCUUGUCCUCCUUGCGGUGUGUAUUUGGAGAAGGGCUGCAGGGCUGAGGUGAGGGUAGAGUUAUAUGAGGAGAUAGCCAGUGAGGGACAUGAGUGAGCAGGAAUGGAUAAUAGUUGGGAAUUGAUAUCAGCUGACAGCUGCUGGAGGUUUAUAGAACAUAUAUAUAUAUAUAUAUAUAUAUUACACACAAUACAUGGCACAAUGACUUAUGGCUCUGGCAUAGAUUGUUUUUUUUUUCUCCAGGGCUGCUUUGUAUGCCCAGUCCGGCCCUGGGUGUCUAGUACCAUCUUAAAACUUCACCAGCAAUCUCUGCCUGUAGAUGAAAGUAAGGGGCUAUAAAGGCUCAUUGAUGCACAUGAGGAGCAAAGGCUAGCCUGUUUGGUAAAGUCAGACAUAAGGGCUAUUGUGGCUCAAAUUGCUGGAAAACGUAAUGCUGGUCAUGGCAGAAGGGUGCCAGAAUACACAGUGCAUCACAGUUUGCUGCAUAUGGGGCUGUGUAGCCAUAAACCAGUCAGAGUGCUCAUGAUGAUCCCUGUCCACUGCCGAAGUGCAUUCAGUGGGGAUGUCGGCAUCAGAACUGGACCAUGGAGCAAUCAAGGAAGGUUGCCUGGUUUCAUGAAUUAUGUUGUCUUUUAGAUCAGGUGGAUGGUUGCACGCGUGUGCAUCGUUUACCUAGAGAACAUAUGGCAGCAGGAUGCACUAUGGGAAGAAGGCAGGCCGGUGAAGAAAGUUUUUUAUGCUCUGGGCAAUGUUCUGCUGGGAAAUCUUGGGUGUUUGCAUUCAUGUGGAUAUCACUUUGACACAUACCACCUAUCUAGGGCUUGUUUCAGACCAUGUACACCCUUUCAUGGUAGUGGUGUUCCUUGAUGGAAGUGGCCUCUUUCAGUAGGAUAAUGCACCCUGCAAAAAUAUUCAGGAAUGGUUUGAGGAACAUGACACAGGGUUUAAGGUGCUGCCUUUGCUGCUAAAUUCCCCAGAUCUAAAUUUGAUUGAGCAUCUGUGGACUGUGCUUGAAAUACAAAUCUGAUCCAAGGAGGCUCCACCUUUCAACUUGCAGGACUUAUAGGAUCUGCUGCUAAUGUCUUGGUGCCUGACACCACAAGCCAUAUUCUUGUGGAGCCAAUGCCUUGACUCAUCAGAACUGUUUGGAGGCACAAGGGGGACCUACACAGUAUUAUGCAGGUGGGUUUAAUGUUGUGGCUGAACAGUGUAUACAGCAGACAUAUUUCUGGUCCCAAAAGCAGCAUUUCAAAGUCUGAAUCUUUGAAGUUGGUGAUUCAUCGGCUACUGCAAGAAUGGGUCAUGUGGAACCCUUACCUUAUUGUGAGAUUUAGUAGUAAGGUAGUGAAUCAUCAUAUUACAUACAUAUAGGAAGAUUCAUGUAGUCUCAUGAGAUCUAUCCCAUUGGGAUGUCUGUGCACUAUUCAUUUUAAAUUGCUUUGCUUCUACAUAUUUAUACUUGUACCAAAUGAAUAUUUCCUUUCUGUAAACGUCCCCAGUGUCCAUGAAAACAAGCAUGAGGAUCGAAGAUGGGCCUUCAGGUGUAAGAAAACAUUUAGCAAUUCUGGGAAUUGUAACUGGUCUGGUUACAUCAAUAACUUUGAUGAAGAAUUUGAAUUCACUUGCCCAUUUGGCUCGGUCCUGAAUGGUAUGAGCAGUUAUCAUGAUAAUAAAAAGGAGGACAGAAGGUAAUUUUGGCGUUUUAUUUGAAAUGGAAAAUGCAUUGUGAGUCCAGUUGCUGUAGGACAGGGGAAAAGUAAGAUUUACUUACCUCAAGCUGUCCCCCCCAGCUGCGUUCAUCUUCAUCUUGCAGGUCCUCAUCUGCACCUGGUGCUUAAAUUUGCCAUGAGACAUGUCAGUGCAGAAUUCUCGCUCAUGACAUGUUAACGUUUGUCAACCUCAGGUUGAUUGCAGCCCCUACUUUGUCUUGUGGUAUCUUUGGAUUGUGUUGGAAUUUCAGCAAAGUUCCAGUCUUGAUCAGUAUUUAAUAAGGAAUAUAUAUUUAUAAAAUACUUGGAAGUGACACUAAUAUUAGUCAUAGUAAUAUUAUCCAUAUAGCGGCAGCAUAUUUGCAGAGGAUCCAAACAGUGAUUAAAAAAAAUACAACAAACGAGAAGCAAGUUAAAAUGAACACAAACAAGAAGUGAAACAAGCCCUGCUUGCAUGCACUUACAUGUUUCAAAGAUUUCAAAAAGAUUGAUUUUAAAGGGGAACUGUUAAGUAGUUUCUGGUAUGUAUACCAUGGAAUAAAAAUAUUGAAAAUCACAAAAACAUUAAAAAACUCAGCAAAUAAUCUAAUAAAUCAAUUCACAAAAUUCAAAGCAUCAUACAGGCACACACACUUUUUUUUCUGGAUUGUGCUUUGAAUAUUAGGAGUGUGCAACUCCCUCUCUGUGGAGCACCAAGCAUGGUGUUUUGAGUUGGCUCUAUACAAGAUAAACCAAUUGAGACACCGAAAAACUUGGGCAAAUUAUGCAAAUUAAUAGAAGAUAUAUAAAUAUUGAUUGAAAGAGAGCUAAGUGGAAGCUUACAUCUGCAGGAUAAAGGGAUAUGUAGAUUUAAUUUUAAGAUCUACAAAACAUACUUUUUAUAGGGAUAAGUAAAUAUAAUAUAAAAAAUCUAGAAAGGUGGCAUUUUGCAUUUAAACACAAUUAAAAGCAGAAGUCACGCAUGUGUAAAUAUGUUAUUAUAAAAGUAAUAGUAUAAUCAGGUGGCUGCAAUCAUUUAAUAAUCAGAUGCUUAACUUUUAUCUAGGUGGAAUUUUUUAUGCUGUUUGGGAGAAGUACAAGUUGUUAAGAAGUGCAAGUGGAGUGACUAUGUUAAUGAAUUUGACGAGUACCUGAGUUGGGAGGCACCUACUAAUCACUAUCUGGUGGGAGCAAGCAGUUACCAUAAUAACAAACGGGAGUAAGUAUCCAAUACCAGAGCUUGGGAUUCCUACAUUAUAGUGUGUUGACUCAUUAAACGACACAGUGUUCUUUAUCUAGCCUUGGUCAGGCUGCGUGCUCAUAAUUCUUUUCGAGGUAAAAAAAAGAAAUUGUUGUGCUAAAAGCUUUUGUUCCUUUGUUUAAACCUUUAAAUCAAGGAAUGACCAAAGGCAAAUCCCCAGUUGUUGCAGAACUACAAGCUCCAAUAUGUUGCCAGUCUUAAGGUUUCCAGUAGAUGUUAUUUGCAUUAGGAGAUACGCCUCACAACGUGGUCAGGUGCAUAUUCCUCCCACCUGCUUGUCCUUAAGUUGUCCAUAACUAGUUGCCAAUGUCCAGCAAUUAUAUAUAAAAAAAAAAAAAGUUAAAUGUGAAUCCUUUGCCCUUUUGCACUUCUGAAAUAACAUUUGUUUAGCAGACUUAUAUAGCCAAUUAUCAUAUAUAGUAUAACAAUUUCACACUUCAUGUUACAGAAAGACAAUGCUUCAUUCGACAUAAUAUAUCUUAAAGGGACACUCCAGGCACCCAGAUCACUUCUGCCCAUUGGAGUGGUCUGGGUGCCAACUCCCACUACUCUAAACCCUGCAAGUGUAAUUAUUGCAGUUUUUUAUAAACUGCAAUAAUUACCUUGCAGGGUUAACUCCACCUCUAGUGGCUAUCUGCUAGACAGCCACUAGAGGGCACUUCCUGGGCACUAGCACAGACGUCCUCACUCCAGCGUCACUCAUUUCCCCAUAGGAAAGUAUUGAAAUGCAUUUUUAAUGCUUUCCUACAGGGAGCGCUAAUGCGCAUGCGCGGCAUCGCCGCGCUUGCGCUUUAGGUCUCCCAGGCCGGUGGGUGGGAUCAGUCUCGCCCACCGGCCGACGCAGUCAGAAGGAGGAGCGGCGCGGAGGAGCGGCGCGGAGGAGGAAGCAGCGACGAGGGACAUCGUCGCUGCCUCAGGUAAGUUACUGAAGGGGUUUUCACCCCUUCAGCAACCGGGGAUUGGGGAGUGGGAGGGAGCCUGCAGUGCCAGGAAAACGGAUUGUUUUCCUGGUACUGGAGUUUCCCUUUAAGUACAUUCUGUGUAAUGCGAUUGAGGCAGUCUAUUUAGCACUAAAACUGAAGAAAAUAUUGCAAAAUGUGAUGCUUAUGUUCAUAGUGCACGUUUAAUGGUUGCUGAUAAAGUUUUCAAAUGGUGAGAAACUAGUUGGCAACCAGGAAUAUGUCUUUCACAAAUUCUUUCAAUUCUUUUUUGCAAUUUCUACCUGUACAAAUUACUUACCUAUCUUUCCCACCUUUAUUUCUUCAUCAUUUUUCUACACCUCUUCUUUUUGUCUUUUCCUUUAGCUUUCACCUUACUGCAAGUUUUUGCUCACACUCACACACCUUUAUUCGUAUUUUACUCGUUGCAUGGACAAUCUAGAAAUUCUCUCUCAAUGCCUUCCAAUGAUCAGUUCCUGAGUCAUCAAACUAAUUACUUUCCCAUGCUUUUUCACUGUUAACAUUCUUAUUGUUGGUUGAACCAGAUCUUCUGGGCAUUCUUAUGCUACCUGUUGGGUUACUAUUUAUAUUCUUCAAAUAAAUCUUAUUGACUACAAAUGUAUACUAAUGUCAAACCCAUUACAGAGACUAAGGAAUACUAUGGCGGAAUAUAAACAUGUAUUCUUUAACACUAUAGUGACCAACUACCUAUUUAAGUGUCCAGUCCCCCUCAGAAUGGAGUUAACUUUGCUCCAUUGCCGGGCUGAUCUCGCUGCGGCUGGGCCCCCCUUCCAUGGUUGAUAUCAUCAAGACCUACUCUGGAAGUCCCUAGAGGUGUUACUAGACAGAUAUGUGAACACUGCUUUUAUGUUUGAAAAGGCAUAUUGCUGAGCCUGCAUGGACAGAGUAUAAACACCAGAACCACUAUUAAGUGGUCGGGGUUUUGGUGACUAUAGUGUCCCUUGAAACUAUAUUUGGUUUUCCAAUGGAAUUUAAGGGGUUUUAUAAGACUUUGCAGCCCUGAUCUAUUUCCUUUUUUUUUUAUAACAGGGAUCGACGCUGGAGAUAUCACUCCUGUGAAAAAAACUAGCUACAAUGCUGAGAAAUCACCAUGCUGAUUUGAUAACUAUCUGCUUGAAAUCUACAUCGUAAUGUGACAUUUGUAAAAACAAACCCCUAUCAUUAACAUAAAUAUAAAAGACUAUUCAUCUGGCAAUCAAAUGCUGUUUAGAAAAUACCUUUUAUGCAUAUGUGCUUAGGUUUUAUUAAUGGUAAAUACAACAUCAUCACUUUUAACAGGUCAGAUACGUUAUGAUACUAAUGAAAAGUUUAAGAAAUGGGCAUACAAAGCAAAACUGAAACAUAAAAUCAGUGAUACAACAGUUAAUGAGAAACUUUUGUGUAUAAAAAUAGAAUAGUUACUAUCACUAAUUAUUU